AAUGGUAAAAGAAUUUGUUCUUGUGGGAUUUACAAAUCAUCCAGGGCUUCAGGUUCCCCUCUUCAUGGUGUUCUUAGGUAUCUACAUCAAAACAAUGGUGGAGAAUAUUGUGCUGAUUCUGCUUAUCUGGAUAAACUCUCAACUUCACACUCCUAUAUACUUCUUCCUUGCUGCUUUAGCUUUAGCUGAUGUUUGUCUUUCAACCACAGUGAGCAGCCCUAAGAUGUUGUUGAGCUUUAUAACUGAAAAUAAAAUGAUAUCUUUAUCUGAAUGCAUGGUACAAAUCCUUUUUUUUUUCCUAUUCAGUGCAACCACAGAAUGUUUUCUUCUGACUGCAAUGGCAUAUGACAGAUAUGUAGCCAUCUAUAAGUCCUUGCUUUAUCCAGUGGUGAUGACUAAUAAGUUAUACAGCCAAUUAUCAGUUUUUUCAUAUGUACUUGGUUUUCUGCAUUGCAUGUUUCAUGAAGCUUUAUUAUUUAGAUUAAGUUUCUGCUACUCCAAAAUUUAUCAUUUUUCUUGGGAUAUCAUAUAUUUAUAUAAAAUUUCUUGUACUGAUCCUUCCAUUAAUAUUCUGAUGGUUUUUAUCUUUUCUGGGUCAAUUCAAUUCUUUACCAUUUUGACUAUCCAAAUUCUUAUACUUGUAUUUUUUAUUAUUGUCAAUUAUAAUAUCUCAAAAAGGAAGAAGCAAAGACUUCUUCACUUGUAG